AUGGCUCACCAGGCCGAGCUGGAUGCUCGCCAAUCCAACGCUGAUGUCGCCAGUCCAAUUGAGCCAUCUACACCUGAGGAGGUUGGGCCUCUGCCCGUGUCGUCACAAGUGACUCUGCCCUCAACUGAGAUACCUGGAUCGCCAAUAGACCCUGAUCACUCCUUCAAAACCGAGGCCAAUGAUGAGCAACCAACCGCCAUGGUGAUUCCUUCGUCUCUGACCCCUCCGCCGUCCACCCAGGUCGCUGCCCACAAUAAUGCGAGACGAACAUUUUCGCAGUCGCAGCAGUCUGCGCUUUACUCGCCGCCCGCUACUAUCCUGAACAAUAUCCGUGACCGACAAGUUGGCACCGAUUAUGCCCCGCCGUCCCCUCACCAGGUCCUGGAGGCUCCGGCCGAUGAGCUGAGAUGCAUGCUUCAGACGUGUAUCGCCGAGCAGCAGAAACUGAAGAUGGAAACGGCGCAUCACAAGCUGCAGUACAACUUGCUGAGACUUCAAGCGGAGGAUGACGCCAAACGUGCUGCCGUGGAGCACGAAAUGAUCCGGAGGGAGGUGGAUGCAUUACGGAUGGCAGAACACUCUCGUCAGGCGAGGCGAGAGCUCAGCACAACGUCUGAUUCCACACAAACCAAGUAUCUGCAGAUGAAGAUGUGGUAUGAGGCUGCCAUGGAGGAGAAUGAGACCCUGGCCCGUCGGCUCAAGGUUGCCAAGAAGGUUAUUCAGCAGAAGGAGGAGGAGACUAUGUGUCUGACCGAGGAGAGGGACCUCCUUCUGACUCGUAUCCGAGAGAACCGGGAGCAUUUCCACAUGUUGUGCAGUCCUGGUGGGAUAUUUCACAGCGCUCUGACCCCGAAACAGCAACAUAUUUCGACGCCUCAACAGCACCGCGCACCGCAUGGAGGUUCGCACCAGACGCCGCGAUCCUCGCAACGGGGUGGUGAGACCGAGGGCCGUGAACAUGGUCUCUCAGCCUUGCUGCAAGCCAUGAGCCAGAGUCAGGAUAACAACAGCGCUCCAUCCACACCAAUGACGUCUCACCGAGCCGUGCAGAAACACUCUGGUAGGCAUAACCGCAAUGCGCAGUCCAUGUCAUCGCUUCCGACCACGCCUGUCAGUCGAUCUCGAGACGUUGGCUUGUUGCCGUCGGCUGACUUGGUGCCGCAAACCGAGCCCCGGCAUCGUCAUAGUGAGCAGCAAGUUGUGCCGACGACGCCGACUCCCAAGCGGGAUCGACGACGAAAAAGUCGAGAGAGCACCAUCUCAGCCGACGACAAUGAAGAGCUGGCAAGGCAAGCGUUGGAAUCGGUCGAGGCAAUGCAUUCAUUCACGUCCCAGGGAUCUAAAUCUGCACCACAGGGGUCACGUCAACGACGCAGAGCUGACGAGGCCGAUGACGAGGAAGUAUUUGACAGCCAGGCGAGCCAGGCGGCAACGGAAAUGCUGCGGCGUCACGCAGGUCGAAGCUUCGGAGUGGCCGCUCCGGUAGGGUCUCGGGGCGGAUCUCCCGGGCUGGGACAGGGGCCUGUUGAGCAAUCAGCCAAGUUGCAGGCAAGGCUCCUGUCAAGCUCCAGGGGCGGAGGUGGCACGAUGGACAAGCGCAAGUUUAGCUGGAAUGCAUUGGCGGUGGACGAUUCAAGACGUGAGCAUGGGAGCCCUCCGAAGAAGCUGAGAGCUGGGUCGAUGACGGAGGAGCAGCGAGUGGGUCUCGGAAUUCAAUACAGCAGAUGA